AUGGAAAGGGAAUAUGCUGAUUUGAUAGAACUCCCAAGUGAAGUUUUGAGAUUCAAGGAUAAUGAUCAACUGUAUAAACCAAAAUAUUCCCAUUUUUGGCUUGUAAAUACCAUUUUAAAUACACUCAUUUCUUCAAAUACAUCUAUAGAUAUAGAUUUGAUUAGAUCUGGAUACUUUUCAAAAUCUAUUUUUGAAAAAAUUAGAAUAGAGUUGACAAUUCUAAAAAAUAACUUAGAACUUGUCUAUGUGAGCAAGAAGGAAAAUCAUUUUAGAAUUCAUAUGUGGGAACAACUGGGUAACUGUAUAACAAGCUGUAUUGUUGAUUUACUUGAGAAGUGGGAUACUCAAAUCUGUGAACUACAACACCAUAAUAUGCUUUGUUGUGAAGUAAUUGUUGCAGAAGGUGUAGUAAGCAGACACUGUAAUAAUGAGAUACCAAAAAAACUAAAUUUAGACUCUUUUGGAAUUGAUCAAUCAAUUAAUAAAGAUUUCUGGGAAGAUAAAGAACUAUGUUGGCUAAUUGAAAGCUGUUAUCCAUUUAAGGAAAUUCCUUUUGGUCUGGAGACAGAUCAAAAGGAGUGCAUUUUAGCUACUCCUGUAACACUUGUAUAUUUAGUAACAGUUCUCAAAGAAUAUUUAGAUAUUUGGAGUAAUAUUCGCUCAUUUUUUUGUGAUUUGGUGACAUUGGUUUUUGUUGAUACUCAUUUAUUACCCUCGUAUUGUGAAACUGACAAGGCUUUUGUAAACUUGGAAAUAUUAGACAGAUUAUUCAAUCAUUUGGAAAAAUCUAUUUUAUGCCUAGACCAACCUAUGAUUAAAAUUUGGAAUUAUAUACUUGGGAAAUGCCUCAAAGUUUUUUGGAAUUCUGUACCACAAUCCCAAAUUCAAAGUGAUACGAAAUAUUUGGCUGAAUUUGAAAGUAAUAGCAAAAGUAACCCAUAUUUGAAAUACAAAGAGUGUCUUAAAUUUCUUAAUGAUUUAUCUAGUAGAUCUAGUAGUGAAAAUAGGGGUACAACUAUGAACAAGACUAUUGGUACGCUUGUGAAUAUAUCUCCUGAUGAAAUUGGGAAUUUUGUGAAUAGUUUAUACAAUUCAGAUUCAAAUGCACUACUAGAUAAAGAAGUUGAUGUUAUGAAUAUUGAACUAUCCAAAUCAUUUAAGAAUUAUCCAACUCAACAGUUAUUUUGUAGUGUAGGAGGUAAAUUCAGUAAUCAAUUGAUAAGAUCAUUUACAAUGUACAACUGUAUAAAGAAGUAUAUUGACAAUUGGUAUAGUUCUUUGAACUACUCUUACAUAUCAUCAUUUAUAUAUAAUGGGCUUUAUUCUAUAAACCAUGCUCAAAAUUCAAGUAAUAGGAUUAUAGAUAAAAUUACUCAGAAUUUUGAUCAUAAUUGUAUUAGGAUAAUUGAUGUACUUAUUUGCAUUAGAAACAUUGUACUCUUAGAUGAAUUUAUAAUAGAAUCUCUUAUUCCUACGAUGAAUCUCAAAUCUCAAAAGAAAUUUCCAAAUGUAGAUAUUGAUCCUACAGAAUUAAAUUUAACUCUUAAAUUAUUGGAUUAUAAUAAAAUAAAAGGAAAACCCCAUUUUUAUCGAAAAAUUAUUAACAUAAUAUAUUUAGAAUUUGAUAUGUCAAAUACUUCAGAUUACGUUAGAGAUACACUACCUACAUAUAUAUCUCUUAAAAUUCGACUUAAUAUGGGUCAUUCAAAUUAUGCAUCGUCUUCUUCACUCUCUUCUUGUGGAAUUCCAUGCUAUAUUAUAUCUCAAUUUUUGUCACAUAAAACUCUCGAAAUAUAUUCUUCAAUAUUCACCUUUCUUUUGGAAAUCAAACGCUCAUCAAUAUUUCUCAAUAAUAUAUUUCAUAUACUGACAACUUUGCAUAGGAAACGUCAAGCUAUCAAAAUAUGUGAUGUGAAACAAAGUAAAGUUAAAAAUUCAAAGCAAAAGAUAAAUUUAUCUAUUAAUGAAUAUCUAUAUUUUGAAAGUAAACAUAUUUGUAUAGGUGAUUGUAUGAUAUUAUUAAAUUGGAUAGACAUAUUACUUAAUAUUUGUCAUCAUAAUCGAUUUUCAUUACAACACAUAAUCAAUGCUUACUAUAGCUACUUUGAGUUAGUUGUACCUUCAACAUGGAGUGACUUAUGUUCAAAGUUUAUUAGAACAACAUCAUUAGAUAUAAUGGUAGCUACCCAUGAGAAGUACGUAAGUGAUUUACAGAUGUUAAUAUUAGCUCCUAAAGUGAAUAUUUCAGAGAGUGAGUUGGACCAAUCAUAUCAACAAUUAUCUAUGAACUUUAUACUUUUGGUGAAAUUAACUCGUCAGCUAAGUAUACUAACAAAUAAAAUGGUAUAUAUAUUUAAGAAUAUUCUUAAUUCAAAAUCUAAAAAAUUAUCCUGUGUCACUAUAAGGCGUAAUGUUCAAGAUAAUAUUAAAGAUUUAAUUUUAAAUUUUGAGUUACUCAACUCAAAUUUCCAAGAGAUUCAAAAUGAAUUUUUAGAAUCUCUCAGAAUAUACUGUCAGAAAAAUACUUCCAAAGAACUUAAAAUACUUAAGUUUCAGUUAAAUAAUGGAAUUCAGAUACAAAUAUAA